UGCUCUAAAUGGUUGGUGACCACUGGGAAAAUCGCUAUCACUGCGGUCAGUAUAAAUAAAGUAACGGUCACCGGCUUUCGUCACCAACUGUGAUAGACCCGAGAUGUCACUACGCAUUGUUAACUUAACGACGUUGGCAUGGUGGCUUUUGGCCCUUCAAAUCGGGCCAGCGUGGUGGAGCAGCAUCACUGCAGUUUCUGCACAAAAUCCACCACCGGGACCGAAAACUGUGGAAGCUCAGGCUAAGUUUUUCCAGGAUUUUUUCUCAGUUCAGUUGAGCCCCCACAAGCUAGAGUUCGGUCACGUCUGCGAGGACCCCCACAACUGGGAGCAGCGGUAUGAGAGGAAAGAUUUUAAGAACCACAGGGAUAUGGGAAAAGUUCGAUGGGGAGACAAAAAAGGUGGUUAUGGUGAACAUUACUGGGAUUUGAACCACGCUGGACAUAACAAUGACAAUGAUCAUGAUCAUGACCAUGAAUCUUAUGAACAUAGCUCCGACGAUGAUGGUUCAUACCACCCUGAAGCCAGUGACCCAUACGAUGAGCCAAGCGAACAGUUACCAACCUACAACAGUGAUGAUGCCUACGAUCCAGAAAAGUCCUCCAAGUCAGUGUACGAUGAGAGUGGUAGAAAUAAACGAGCUCAACCAAGGCUAAGAGUAGAUAGAAAGCCGCAAGAAUAUCAAGAGGAACAUAAACCAGAGACCCAGCGAGUUUACAGACCUCGCAACCACAAAGAAAGGAAAACUCAAAAUAUAGCAAAAACCACACCCAAAUAUGUCCACGACGAGUCUAAUAAUGAAGAAGUUACAGAACAACCAAAGGAACACAAACAAAAUAUAGGAAACAAACUAAAAAUCAAUGUCGACGAUAAUAUUGAAGAUACGAAAGAAGUUAAAAAACCUUCCUUAGAAGAAUCAUUUCCUAAUGUACCAAAUAGACCAAAGGCCCCAUACGUCCCCUACGCAACCGGUGCCGGGGUGAGACAGUAUAAUCCCGAGCUGACAGCCGCCUCUGCUCCUCCUAGGCUCUUCCUGGAUCCAUCUACUGGGCACAUUGUGGAUAGAAGCACGGGUCAAGCCUACGUGUUGCAGCCUCUACGGGCUAAUAACUAUAAUUAGUAGAAUAAUAAUGGUAUAUUAGUAAGAAAGUUCUUAACGAUAGUUACC